UUGACAAGCAUUCCUUCAUGCGUUACGAUAGCAACAAGCUCUCAUACUCAGCCUCUCCGCGCCGCGUGCACAUCAAAUUCCUCGUCCCAGUUUCCCGCGAUGAGCACGCAAAAGUAUAAACAACAUGGAACCUUCGGAAAAGGGGGUUGUUUUUGAGCAACCUAAUGCUCCUACUGCCUCGGUUUUUGAUGUUCCAACUCAUUGUUGUCGGGUACUACAAUUAAUGAACGAUCAACGAAAAGAAAGUACGAAGCUUUGCGAUGUAGUACUUAGAAUUGACGAGCAAUCCUACGCCGGUCACAGAGCUGUGUUAGCGUCUUGCAGUGCAUAUUUCUAUGCCAUGUUCAAUGGGGAAUUAGCCGAAAGCAAGCAGAAAAUUAUCACUAUGAAAGACAUACUGCCUGAUUACAUGCAAGUCUUAGUUGAAUUUGCCUACACCGGAAGAGUUGAAAUCACCGUGGAAAAUGUUCAGAAUUUAUUAGCUACUGCGUCUUUGCUACAGUUUCACGAAGUGAAGGAUCUGUGUUGUCAGUUUUUGGAGUCCCAACUCGAUCCAUCGAACUGUCUAGGGAUUCGAAAAUUCACCGAAUCUCAUGGUUGCUGCAAGUUUUUAGAAGUGAUCGAUAAAUAUGUGCUUGAGAACUUUAAACAAGUCAUGAAGUCAGAAGAGUAUGCUCUUCUUCCAAGUGAGCUAUUGGUGAAAGUGAUUUCAAGUGACGAUUUGAACAUUAUCGAAGAGGAAGAGGUUUUCGAAGCAGUAAUGAACUGGAUUCGGCACGAUUUGAACACACGAGUCGCUAAACUUCCCUCCUUGAUUCGCUAUGUGAGAAUGCCUUUGAUCUCGAAACAUUACUUGUUGAAUCGCAUCGACACUGAUAGUUUGAUUCGUUCCAAUCUUACGUGUCGCGAUCUGCUGGACGAAGCGAAGAACUAUCAUCUCCUGCCCGAUCAAAGAGCGCGCUUCAGAUCAGAUCGCAUGAGACCGAGAAAAUCAAUGAUGGGGACUAUGUUUGCGAUCGGAGGCAAAGAAGCUGGGGAGACAAUUUCCAAUACAACUGAAUGUUACAGUCUUCAGACAAACACAUGGCAGAGUUCUGCCCCUCUGAUUGUACCACGACAACAACUUGGUGUUGGGAAUAUUGGCAACCGGCUGUAUGCAGUAGGGGGCUCAAAUGGUUAUACACGACUGAGUACAGUGGAAAUGUUCACACCAGAGUCAAACAAAUGGACAUACUGCAAAUCACUGAACACCAGUCGUUCUGGAGUGGGGCUUGGUGUUCUCGGUGAGACACUUUAUGCCCUCGGGGGCUAUGAUGGGAGGACAUGUCUAAAGACUGUGGAGCGGUAUGACCCGCAAGUGGAUUGUUGGAGCAGUGUUGCCUCAACAACUGUAACAAGAAGCUUCCCAGGUGUUGCUGAGCUUGGAGGACGCCUUUUUGUCAUUGGUGGAAAUGAUGGAGCCUCAUUUUUAAACUCUGUUGAGUGUUAUGACCCCCUAUCCAAUAAAUGGACCACUUUACCAUCUAUGUGUCGGCCAAGAGCAGGAAUAGGUGCAGGUGCUAUUGAUGGAUUACUGUUUGCUAUUGGUGGGUUCGACGGUAUGUUAAGAUUAGACAUUGUGGAAAUGUUUGAGUCACGUAUGAACACUUGGACCCAAGUUUCACCCUUGAAAUCAUGCCGAGAUGGAGUUUGUGUUGCGGCCUAUGGCUGCUGGAUUUAUGCAGUCGGUGGAAUAGAUGGGCCUUCAUACCUGAACACGGUGGAGGCUUAUGACCCCAAGACAGACUUGUGGGAAACUAUGCCUUCAAUGUCCAGAUGCCGAGCAGCAGCUGGGGUUGUUGUGCUUCCUCCUAUAUGAGGACUAUAAAUUGAAUAGUUAUGCAUGGGCCAGCUAGGGAGUGGCUUAAGCCUCCCCACAGGUUAUGCAAUAUUUUUAUAUACCGUAAUAUUUUUUAUCCCCAACACACACAUUGUAUAAUUUUAGGGUGUGCUGUGACCCAAUUCAUAUAGUAUUUAACAAGCAUAAAAGUAGACAGGGUGAUUGUCCUGUCUUUUAGGAUAUAAAGUUCUACUCCUUAGUAGUUUUUUUUUUACCCCCAUUUGUUUUUCAUGGGGAACCCCCUUCCCCGGGGCUUUUGAUCCUUUUCCUAUUCGUUAACUAAGAAAAAGAGAGGUUUCAGAUUUCUCAGGAAGAAAGAAAGAAAUGUUAUUCAAGUUGUAGACAUUUUUAUUGGUGAGGUAAUUUGGUUUUGUUCACUCAAUUUUGAUAAUAGCGGACUUGCACUAAGAGAUCACGUGACUGUUUGUGUGGCAAACUAGCAUGCACUCAGACUUUCAGAGGCAAAAUAACAGCAUCAAAUAGCAACUUUUUCAGUGCUUAUGAAAAGGCUAGAACUAUUUUCUUUCAGAAAGGGUUUAGUUUCAUUAAAAAAUUUUUUUUUGUCAUUCUUUGGUGUGACGGGCGCUGUUAUUUCUGAUUUUUUUGUUUGAUUUUUUUUUCAAUAAGUCCCCUAUUAAGCUCGUAACUUUUAGUGUAUGCAGGGAAAUGAAAUAAAAUGCAGGUAACAAUGUGUAUUCUCCAAUUAAAAUGCAUCGGGCAGUGUGACUGUCUGUCACCAAGAAAUAUAGAUAAGAUAUCUUUUAAA